UCACUUCAGACGUUCCGGCAAGGACGAGAACCAACAACAGCACCCCCACUUCCCAACCGUCUCCUCGUCGAGAAGAAUCUUUCGGGAAGCCUCUCCGGUCUCCCAUCCUCCCCCCGCCGUCGCCGUCGCCGUCGCCUCCGCCCGCGACUCCUCACCAGCAAUGCAGCUGUAUCACCAUCCGUAUUCACUGGACAGUCAGAAGGUGCGGAUAGCCCUGGAAGAGAAGGGUAUUGACUACACAUCAUAUCAUGUCAAUCCACUAACAGGGAAAAACAUGAAUGUGACCUUCUUCCGAAUGAACCCUUCAGCGAAGCUCCCUGUCUUCCAAAAUGGCGCUCAUGUCAUUUUCCGCGCCAUCGAUAUCAUUCAGUACAUAGACAGACUCGCGGUGCACUUAAGCGGCGAAAUCCAGCCUGUGAAUACUGAGGUUCUCCAGUGGAUGCAGAAAGUUGAUGGUUGGAAUCCUAAGAUGUUCACACUAACUCACACCCCGCUAAAGUACCGUGCAUUUGUCUCCAAGUUCAUACGCCGGGUGCUGAUUGCUCGGAUGGCUGAAGCCCCAGAUUUAGCUAGCAUGUACCAUGUCAAGCUCCGUGAUGGUUAUGAGACCGAAGACAGACUGAAGGACCCCGAGACUAUGCGGCAAAGUGAGGAAGAGCUGAGCAAACUCCUGGAUGAUGUUGAGGCACAGCUUAACAAGACCAAAUAUCUCGCUGGCGAUGAAUUCUCACCGGCUGAUUCGAUGUUCAUUCCCAUUCUUGCACGAAUAGCCCUUCUUGAUCUGCAUGAGGAAUACAUCAGUAGCAGGCCCAGGGUCCUAGAGUACCACACAUUGGUCAAGCAGAGGCCAAGCUACAAGGUUGUAAUUGGGAAGUACUUCAAUGGGUGGAAGAAGUACCAUACUCUCUUCAGGACCUCGUUCUUCCUUUGUGUUCGAACCUUGUUCCGAAAAUACUAAGUGGUUCAGCGUGUUGCGUAGACGAUCCAUGCUGAACCAAUGUGUAGAGUGAGUUUAGGCUGAAUAUAUGACCAGUAUACCAUCAUGUGUUUUUCCUCCAAGGCCAGGCUGAUGGUUCCUGAGAGUUUUGUUUUCUAUAGACCUGUCUGCUCCAAUGUCGCUGUUUAGAGCCUACAGAAUCUAGAUGUUGAAUUACUUACAGAAUAAUAGGCCUAUAUAUAUACAGUUUGGGUUUUCUUAUACGAUGUGUCUCUGUUCAUGGACAAAUAUUAUUUCUAUCA